CUUCUCAACUUCCUAACUUCAUCAUAACUUACCAAUACCACUAUUCUACUACUAAGCGUUAACGCCGUCGCACAUUUCAGACCUGAAUAAAUAUGUCCAUUUUCCAGAAUUUCAAUACUCACUCUUUGCGAUCCACCAGAGGUUUCAAGCUCAAACAGCAGUCUCCCAUAAGCUCGCCCCAGCCAAUGGGCAAUAGCGCCUUGCCUUCUACACCAUAUGGACAGAACUCCGAAUAUAAUCAGCCGUAUCAAACCAUCAACUACAAAAACACAAACGACUCAAAUGCUGCAAAUCCUGGAUCCUUUGCAAACGGUAGCACACAGACCGGAGCCAAUGGACAACCAGUUUCAUCCCACAAAGACAUCCGUAACUACGCCGAACAGACUCUCGGGUCUGACAAUGCUCUCAUACAAGCCGUCAAAUUGCCCCAGGACGAGGACGUGAACGAGUGGUUGGCUGUCCACGUUGUCGACUUCUACAACCAGAUCAACAUGCUCUACGGAGCAAUCACCGAGUUCUGCUCGCCCACUACAUGCCCCAGAAUGAUCGCCACUGAAGAAUACGAGUAUUUGUGGCAGGAAACACUGCCUGCUGGCGCUGAUGGAUCGAUGCUGCUGCCCAAAAGACCUGUCUCGUUGCCUGCCUGUGAAUAUAUCGAGAACUUGAUGAACUGGGUUCAAGGCUUCUUUGAUAACGACAACAUCUUCCCGUCCAAGAUCGGUGCUCCCUUCCCUCCUCAGUUCCCCAACUUGGUGAAGACCAUUUUCAAGAGGUUGUUCAGAAUAUAUGCCCAUAUCUACUGCCACCAUUUCCAUGAGAUUAGUGAACUAGGCUUACAAAGUCACUUGAACACGUCUUUGAAACAUUAUGUGUUAUUUGCUUCAGAGUUCCUGUUGAUCACUCAAAAGGAUUAUGGUCCUUUGGAAGACUUGGUGGAUACAAUGCUCAAGAAGUAGGCUACUUAUUUCUAAGGUAUCUUAAUUAUCAGUGAUAUCUUAUGCGUCUGAGACAACUUAAUUGUUUGAGAUAUCUUACGGGUUAUAAUUAAAUAACAGUUGUCUAUCGUUAUGUUGUCUACAUCUCAUCGCUAGUUAUGUACAUUAGGUUAUAGUAAAUGCAUGGAAUCAGGUGG